UUGCAAUUCUCAAAGUCCUUGAUUUCUCAUGCAAACACACCUAUAAAAUGGAAGUUAUUGUAAACCACAUAAUAUUCAUCAAAGCAUUCAAAGUCUCAAAACAUUGUCAAGAAAACAAAACAAGAGAAUUUAAUAAAAAAUUUGCACUUCUUUCUGUCAAUUUGAAUUCAAAUGGCAAUGAGACCAAGAGGUGGUGGUAGAGAUGGACCUAGUACUCGCCCUCAUAGGGCGCCGCGACCUGGAGUUCGCCCAGUUUAUGAAGAUUUUAGGCCUAUUUCUGAGCGGCAUCAAGAGGAAAGAGCUGAAAAACUACUUAUAUUUCUUCCUGGAUUCUUGAAGGAAAGCCUUAGAGUAAGUACAGAAGGCAAGAACACAGUCAGGGUACGUGGAGAACGGUUUGUAGGAGGCAACAAAUGGAAUCGCUUCCAAGAAGAUUAUCAAGCACCUGAGAACUGUAACUUGAGAGGCAUCCAUGCCAAAUUUGAGAAUGGUAUCCUCAUCAUCACUAUGCCUUGCAAAAUGCCCAAGCAAUUAUUAGAUGAACACACAAAACAACCCCCUCUAACAACCCCACCACCCCCUCACAAGGAUGAUGAUGUUCCUCCCAAAACAAGUUAUCCAACUAUUGAAACCCAAACACAACCAACCCCUUUAAAACCCACAGCUCAAUUGCCAAAGCCUCAAAAUGCUGACAAAGAUCAAACUUCUAGAGUACAGGAAAAACAAAGAGAAAAGCAGAAAAUCUUUGAUGACCCAUUGAAGAGUGCUGAAACAUCAAAGUCUCAAAAGGGUGAUGAUGUUCCUUCCAAAACUACUUAUCCAACUAUUGAAGCCCCAAGAAAACCAACCCCUUUAAAACCCAGAGGCCAAUUGCCGAAGCCUCAAAAUGUUGACAAAGAUCAAGAUUCCAGGGGAGUACUGGAAAAGCAAAGAGAUGAGAAGAAAAUCAUGAAAGGUCAAGUGAAGAGUGCUGAAACAUCAAAGACUCGAAAGGGUGAUGAUGUUCCUUCCAAAACAACUUAUCCAACUAUUGAAGCCCCAAGAAAACCAACCCCUUUAAAACCCAGAGGCCAAUUGCCAAAGCCUCAAAAUGUUGACAAAGAUCAAGAUUCCAGGGGAGUACUGGAAAAGCAAAGAGAUGAGAGGAAAAUCAUGGAAGGUCAAGUGAAGAGUGCUGAAACAUCAAAGACUCGAAAGGGUGAUGAAAUUAUAGAAUUUCCAGCUCUUAGAAAAACCCCAGUAGGAAAAACCAGUGGUAAGAGGGAAAAAACAAAAGAUGAGAAGAAAAUCUUGGAAGGAGGAAAGAAGGUUGCUGAAAAGAGUAAAGAACUAAUAGGAGAAAUUCAAGAAAAGGUUGAGCAGAAAGGACCAAAAGAAAAGCAAAGUGCAAGUAAUUUAGCUGCUGGUACCUCUUCUUAUCAUGGCAGUGAAUUCAGUAUUGACAACUUGAAGAAAAGCUUUGUGGGACAAAAUGAAGAGAGACAACUGCUUGUUAAUGCUGGAGCUGCUGUGCUGGUGAUUAUGGCACUAGGGGCUUAUGUUUACCACUCCAUUGGAUCAGGGAGAGCUAAGUAAAUAACAACACUUAAAUUAUGUAAAAAUGUACAAAUUUACCUCGAUUGUGAUGCUUUUAAUUUGUGCAAAUAAAAGUAAAUGGGGUUGACAAGGGCAUAUGUGAAAAAUGUAGGAACAAAUCAUUCUUUCAAGUCUAAGUUAAUAAAAAAUUUAAUUCAGUCAGUUA